UUCCGUCACUUUAUCAAGAAAAUUCGGCGAAAGAGCGCGAGAAAAGCGUCCGACGGGCGGUUGCUGGGCUCCAGGUGGGGGUAAGGCAGCGGUCUGCCGCGCAGACAUGGAGGCGGAGUUCCGGGAGAUCGACAAAUCCGGCGCGUGGGGGCAGGUUUAUCAGGGUAUACGGCAAGAGGCGGCGGAACACAACCACACGUUGAAAUGUGCGCGGAAACCGGAGAACAAGUUCAGGAACAGGUACAGGGACGUCAGCCCGUACGACCACAGCAGGGUACAACUCCAGGAUGGGGACAACGAUUACAUCAAUGCAAGUCUCGUGGAGGCAACAGAGGCAAAUAGACAGUACAUUCUCGCACAGGGACCACUUCCGUCCACUAUAGGUCACUUCUGGGAGAUGGUUUGGGAGCAGCGCACAAAAGCAGUCGUCAUGCUGAACAGGGUUAUCGAGAAGGGAACAAUAAAAUGUGCUCAGUACUGGCCCCAAGGGGAGGUCAACGGGUACUCGGACGAACUUGACCUUGAGGAGACAGGGUACAAGGUCACGCUGCUGGAGGAGGAUGUCAGACCCUACUUCACCAUCAGGACCUACCUGCUGCAUAGGUUAAAGACCAACGAGAGCAGAAAAGUAUUUCACUUCCACUACACGCGGUGGCCGGACUUUGGCGUCCCAGAAUCCCCGGCGGCCUUCCUCCACUUCCUGCAGGAGGUCAGGAACUCGGGGUCGCUGGAGUCGGACGUGGGACCCCCCGUGGUGCACUGUAGCGCGGGAAUCGGCAGAUCGGGAGUCUUCUGUUUAGUGGACACGUGUUUGGUACUGCUGGACAAGACGCGCGACCUGAACAGUCUGAACAUGCGGCAGCUACUGCUGGAGAUGAGACAGUACCGGAUGGGUCUGAUCCAGACUCCAGACCAGCUACGCUUCUCUUACCUCGCCGUGUUAGAGGGGGCCAGAACUGUGCUGGGGAUGGCUACAGAGGAGGACCAGGUCAUCAGUACCCUGGGAGAGAGCCCAGAUCUACAGGACGGACAUAACCACAUCGUGACGAAGGACGAGGAAGAGAACGCGAGAGACAAACCUCCGCCGCUCCCCCCACGGGACCCCUCGCGACGCAGCUCCAAGCAGAGGGCGCAGCAGUUCGAGUUCGAGCCGGAGGAUCCCUCAGACACAGAACGCCUCAGGGAAAGACAGAGAGAAGCGGAGUUGAGGAAAAGAAGACGAGAUGAGAGGAUAAGCAGCACGUCGGAGAAACUUGCCGAGAUGAAGAGAAAGCAGCGCAAGACGGAGGCGGACAGGGAAAGGCCCCGUGGCUUGGCUGCGGACAGAGAGACUGGCACAACCUCAGGGUCAAGCUCAGACUCUGACGUUGCACCGACUCUCCCCGCCAAACGGACGAAGAACGAAAGACGGACAAGGAACGAAAAAUGGACAAAGAAUGAAAGCAAGCUCUAAACUUCCACAGUUCAAGUUACACUUCCAUUAUUUCACCUUUUUUUUGGCCAAAUAACAGUUAUUCAAGCGAUGGGAUAUGACUUUGAAUUCGAAAGUCAUAUCCAGUUGCUUGAGUACCUUAUUGCUAUUUGUCGUAUCUUAUCACUUAGGUAUCUAACCUUCAUGACGUCGAAACGUCCGGAGGUAAAUAUCCAUUUUUUAUCCAGUUGUAGAGAUUGAAUUGUAUUUGAAUAUUGUUUACCUGGAUGUCUAACCUUCAUAAACAGACCUUCAUCGACGUAUUCAUUCUUUUUUGUUGGUUGAGUUUCCAACUGUGCCCACUAAUAAUAAAUGGGCAAAGCACGAAAGCAAACUCUGACCGUCUGCCAUACAAGUUACACUUCAAUAUAAAUGUAAAUAUUUGCCUUAUUUUCUUCCACUAGGUACAGUGCUGUUUCAAGUGCUGACAUUUUUUUUAGUUAUCUAAUAGUGUGUAAAUCAUAGAAUAAAAAGAAGCAAGGAAAUAUGACAAGUUUGUAAACUAACAAAUAAGUAGACAUCACUACUACAUGCAGUUAUAUCACUACCAGCUCUUCAGAUCAUGUCAAUAAUGCAAACAUUAGCUGUGACUGACUCAGGGAGUCAUGUUAAACACAGUAUACAAGACCAUAUUUGCAUUCACAUCUCUGUAUCAUGCAACGCUGUACGUAGUUUGAAACAUGACACACUCAAAUACCCCUCGAACCACCGAAACUGCAGUCACUGACGUAAGGUAGUGGAUGUUACCCGAUACGUCUGACCGCUUAUAAAUCCGUCCAGUUUUUUUAGUAAAUGUCGUCUUGCAUGUCUUAUUACUGUACCUGGAUUUCUAACCUUCAUUCACUCAUUGCAAACUGAGUGUGCCUUAAACUUCUGUUUGCUUCAUGGAGGAUGUUCAACUCAGGACUGGUGACUUAGAGUUGCCCUUGCCAUAGGACUGUGAUGCCAAACUGCAUAACUAUGUAGUUCAUGGUUUGAAACACAAGAAGUAGAAAACUGAAAGCAACCCGUGAUCUGAAACCCUGAUAGCUAAACAGUACCCA